AUUUUCGCAAUUUCAGCUACCAGCCAACGAUGAAUCGAAGUGAAAGUCCGGCGUAGCAUUUUGAGUGAGAAUUAUGGCCAGAGAAGUGACUGGUGAAUUCAUCGCUCCUCCUGACUGUCCUGUAUUCACGCCAACUGUUGAGGAGUAUGAAGAUCCUUUGGUAUACAUCGCCAAGAUCAGACCAUACGCGGAAGCUUAUGGUAUUUGCAAAAUUCGUCCGCCGCAGGGUUGGCAACCCCCGUUCUCCGUGGACAUGGUCAACUUCAAGUUCACUCCCCGAAUUCAACGUAUUAAUGAACUCGAAGCGCUGACUCGAAUUAAAAUCCAUUUUUACAACAAGAUCGCGAAGUUUUUCGAGAUUAACGGGAAGCAACUGCACUUACCGACGAUCGGGUCGACGAUUGUGGAUCUGUACGAACUAAAUAAGCUGGUGAUAGAAAAUGGGGGUUUCUCAGCUGUUGGUAAAGCGGAGAAGUGGAAAAAUAUUGCCAAGAAGAUGAAUCAUCCGGAGGCAAAAGCUAACUACUUGGCAGAGGCGUACAGACAAGUUCUGGCUCCUUACCACCAGUUUCUUGAUGAUAGGAAACGAGUGCAAUCGGAGAAUCGCAUCAAGAAAAAUGCCGGCCGAAUGAGUCUUCUCUCGCAGUCUGUUUCCAGUGACAAAGGGGCUCCAGAUCCAGCACUGAAGGAUUCGGUUGCCCAUCUUUUCUGUGAGGCUUGCGACGAAGGAAAUCGAGAAGACGAACUUCUUCUUUGUGACAAGUGCGAUGAACGUUGUUGGCACACUUUUUGUCUCGUGCCGAAAUUGGAUCGCGUUCCAGAAGGAGAGUGGUGGUGUCCUUCCUGCGUUGAAACUGAGAUUAGCAAGCCACCAGAAACUUUUGGAUUUGAUCAGGCGAAGGUGCCAUAUACACUUGCAUCCUUCGGUCGAAUGGCUGACAAAUUCAAAAUCGACUAUUUUUCUAAAUCAAUUCCGGAUAUCUCUGUGGAUGAAGUGGAGAAAGAAUAUUGGAAAAUCGUUCAAACUGUCGACACUGAAGUGGAAGUAGAGUAUGGGGCCGAUUUACACACGCUCGAGCAUGGUUCAGGGUUUCCAAAAGAAGUCGUCGACGAUAACGUGUUGCGGAAUUAUUACGUGAAUUCCGGCUGGAAUCUGAAUAAGCUUCCAAUGCUUGAAGGAUCGGUGUUGAGGCACAUCAAUUCUGAUAUAUCUGGAAUGAUGGUACCGUGGAUGUAUGUUGGAAUGUGCUUUUCGACCUUCUGUUGGCACAAUGAGGACCACUGGAGUUACUCUAUCAAUUAUCUGCACUGGGGUGAACCGAAAACUUGGUAUGGCGUGCCCGGAGAUAAGGCGGAAAAAUUCGAAGAUGCCAUGAAGGAAACCGCACCAGACCUAUUCCGCAAUUCCCCGGAUCUCCUGCAUCAACUGGUUACACUCCUCAGUCCAACGGUCCUAAGAGAGAAAGGAGUUCCCCUUUUCCGAUGCAUUCAAUAUGCUGGAGAGUUCGUGGUUACGUUUCCUCGAGCUUAUCAUGCCGGCUUCAAUCAAGGGCUGAAUUUUGCGGAGGCUGUCAAUUUCUGCCCGCCAGAUUGGAUAAACAAAGGUCGAGCUAGUGUGAAUCAUUACCGGGACGAGAAAAGAAUGUGCGUGUUCUCCCAGGAUGAAUUAGUUUGCAAGAUGGCCGGGGAAGCCAACGAAUUGCCGAUGACUGUUGCUUUAGCAACGUUGGAAGAUCUUAUUUACAUGAGAUCCACGGAAGCUGCUCUGAGGAAGGAGGUAUUCGAAAAGGGAAUCAAAAAGAACGAAAGGGUCAUAUUUGAACUCAUGUCGGACGAUCAUCGACAAUGCGACUUUUGCAAAACAACCAUUUUCCUCUCUGCUAUCGCAUGUACUUGUGCGCCCAACAAACUGGUUUGUCUCACGCACUAUGACAAGAUGUGCAAGUGUUCGUUUUCAAAGCUAACUCUCAAGUACCGCUAUGUAUUGGAAGAAAUGACCGCUUUAUUAGAACAAGUGCGAGCGAAAACGCAUCCCUUCAAGGAGUGGGUGCACGGUUGUCGUCCCCUCUUGGACAAAUUGCAUCGUUCUUCCAAUUGCAAACCAACGAUGGAUGAGCUGCGAACGUGUUUGCUACAGGGAAAGGUCAAUGAGCUGAAAUCCUCCAAAAUUUGGGAAGGACUUUCGCUGACAUUGCAUCAGUGUGAGAAGUUUUCCCGAGCAGCGCGGAGAAUUCUUCGUUUAGAUAGCAUAUACGAAAAUCCUUUCGAUGCCGACGGAAACUUGUUGCCCCCGGAUCCCAUGUCAGCGGGAAAAAUGCCUCUCAGUGUUUGCAAGGAAUUUCAUCCCCAUGAUAACAAGCCAUGCAAAUUGGAAUUGCGAUCUUUCGUCCAAGACGUUCCGGACAAUAUGAAAACGAAAUCGACUGAAUCUGUUUUAGUUCCAUUGAAUGACUUCCGCAAGCUUUUGGCGAUUCUGGAAAAUUUUCCGGUCAAGAUAGAUGAAUACGAUCUUUUGAAGGACAUGUUGGCACGAGCUGUGGCGUUGACUCAUGAUACUCAAGAAAUCAUCCGAACAAAAGCGUUUUCUUUGGAAAAAAUCGAAGACAUCAUUGAAAGAUCUCGUUCGGUCUACAUUGAAAUUCCGGAUUUUCGCAAGGUCGUGACGGUAUACGAAUGGAAGAAGUGGUGCAUGGAUGUGAAAAAUCUGAGCCAGCAGCCGGGAUCUCUGAUGCUUUCUCAAGUGAAGAAGUUAUUGGAAGAUUAUGAUGACGACAAUACGGAAGCCGACGCGUCAACAUGUUAUGCUGAACUUCUGGCGAUGCUCGAACUUCAAGCUAUGAAUGGACAAAGAGGCGACAGUUUGCUUCAACUUGCACCAAAGAUUCCUUUCCCGGAGCUGGACAACUGGAUAAAAGAUGUUAAGCAAACUCCAUUGCAUCCUACGAAUUAUGAUAGUUUGCGGGCCAUGCACAUAAAAUGCAUUGAUUGGAUGCGCCAGCUAACUGUGAUCUUGCAGGGACAAGAACAAGUUCCUUUGAUUGAAGACGUGGAGCCGAUUCUGAACGAAUUAUCCCGUUCAGAUGUCGAUGUUCCUCAUUUGUCAAACAUACUUGAAGGAGUGAAAGGAGCCAAAGAGUGGAUCACAUUUGCUACCAAAGUUGUUGGCCCAAAAAUGCGUUUGUCAUUAUUGCAGGCAGUCCUGCCGUCAGCAAAAUUGAAAGAAUUCCGCGAGGAUCACAUGAAAUCGAGAAAGCAUAAAUCGAAAGAAACCGUCGUGAAUGAAUGUGGAAUUCCAAAAUCAUUUUGGAAGAAUCGCCUUCCAUUAACUGAAGCUUAUAAUGAAGCAGUCAAGACGGAAGUUCAGGAAAUGUUCGCAAUGCGAAUCGAAAACAUGGCGAAAAAUCUCCCAGAGUGCAUUUGUGAAGAAACAGGAGAUAAUGCGCGAGCAUUGCUAGUUUGUGAACUCUGCCGCACUGUAUAUCACGAAAAAUGUGUUCUGGCCGCACCGUGGAAUCGACGGUCAGAUAGAGCUAAACACGAAGAUUGGUUCUUGUGUUUCAAAUGCCAGAAAUCCGAAAGGCCUCCGUGGAAGAUAAUUGAGAAAACAUUCAAUCAGUUGAAGGAAUGUCGCUUCCGGUCGAUGGAAGCCGACGCGUUCCAGCGCUUUGCGUGUCGUGUGGCAGAUUGGAAGACGAAAGCUGCCAACUGCUUGGAGCACUAUGAACAGAUUUGGAAAUACAUGGACAUACCGGAUUAUGCCAAGGAGCCCCUUCAAACCCAAAUGUGUCCUGCGGAAGGCCAGAGCAGCAGCGGUGAAACUGGCGUUGUUUCUGAUUCUUCGAACGUUGCUCACUCAGACAAGAAUGCUGCUACUUCCUGUAUGCGAAGUCUAGACUUCAGCGUUCCAGACAAUACGGCGAACAGUGUGGAAUUGGUUGGAUUACCGGAUUCGCAUAUUGGGUCUUUGCCUGCUGCAAAUCUCGAAGAACCAAUUUUUGCUCCGAGUGAGGGAAUAGCAAACUUAAAUCCCCUGGAAUCCGACUUCAUUGCCGACAUAAGUAUCGAUGUUUUGCCGAUUCAAGACGGUUUUUCAGAAGCUAACUCCAUGCCUCAAAAUGAUUUGAUUUCGGAUUCCCAAGAAGAAAUCCGCCGGCUGUGGCAAUGUCUUGAGUGGCUGUUUUUCGAGGGAUUGCUCAUUGAAGCCUCGUUGCCGGAGAAGAGUGAAAUCUGGGAACUUCUGAUGCAGUUACGCCCUCCAAAUCUUCAAAAUGGACGAACUGUGCAUGAAGAUAUGGAAGAAGAUGAUGAUGUGUGUGAGGUUGUUCAUCAAGGGGAAUCCAGUCGCAGCCGUUCAGAUCCUGGGAUGGAAAUCGGAAGCGAUGAAGAGGAUUGUGAACUUCCCGGAUCAUCAUCGAGUAAAUCGCUUCGGAGUCCAAUGAAAUCAAGAAUGGAUUGUGAUUCCGAAAUCCAAACCGGUCCUCUUGCAAAGCGUGCGAGAUCGGUCAAUCCUGGUCCAGGUCGCCCAAGAGGAACUCUGAAGCCUAAAGCGAAAAGCCUUCGAACUUCUUCUGAAUCUAGAACAGCGAGGCGAUCUUCUGUGGGAUCUCGUAAUUCUCUGCCGACAAAAUCCGACAGUGAUUUAGCGAAACGCCCAGAGAAAGGAACUAAAAAAUCUUUCAAGUCUAAAUCGAACAAUUCCGUCGAAAUUCAAUCUGGUCAUGAGGAAGACGAAGAAGAACGAUGCCAAAUUCCGAACGGCUGUACCCUUCCUGACGAUCCGAACUACAAUCAAGAUAAGGUGGAAUGGAUCCAGUGCGAUGUCGACGGUUGCAACAAGUGGUACCACAAUUUUUGUCUGAACUUGGAGAAGAGUGCGGAAGAGUUAGAGCAAGUCAAAUUUAUUUGUCCGAUGUUAAUGGCCGACUCCGACGAUGAGAUAGUGAUACUUUCUGAUGAUUCGGAGCUGUCGGAAGACGCUUCGUCUUUCGAAAACUACAGCUCUUCCAAUGCCUCAUCAUCGGAUAGCGAUAAUUCGAGCUGCCGCGAUAUCUCAUAUCCACGAGAAAAUUCGCAUACAACGGACUUGAACGGAAUCGGAGAAAUAGCUGACAUGAAUGUGAUUUUGCCGCAUUAUCCAGAAAUGUUCUCGGCCUUUGAGCAAGAGGAUUUCUACUGUGCCGUUUUGGGAAGAAAGGAAAGCGACUUCAAAGUCGUUCUGCGAUCCGAUUUGCAGGAUGGUAAAUGCAGGCUGUGCAAGCUUCGAAACCCAUUAAAAGUGCCUUGCGAUGUUUUCCUUCCAAAAAAUUCGAUCGAAAAGGAAAUGUUGCGAUCUCGCUCAUCCGGGAAUAAUCUCAGGACUAUAGAAACUUUCGACUUUCAAAAUUACCUGUUUUAUGAUGAGAAUCGUCACAUGCUGUCGCUGGAAAAGAAGUUUGAUUCUUGCGAACUUUUCCUUGCUGGAGAAGUUCGAGAAUCUGGAAAUGCCUCGUCUGAUUUCGAGAAAGUUCACUCAGUUGGACCAAUACUGGAAUGGCGAAUCUCCGGGAAACCCGGCACCACAGAUCCCUUGAUAUCAGUCUCUACCGAGAGAGGAGUGUACCAGCUUCUCGCACCUAAUGCAAGAUAUGCUGAAAUGAUAGAAGGACUCCUGAAAAAGGCUGAAUUUUUGUUCCUGGUGGUGACAACGUUGAGAAAAGUUCCGGAGGGCUAUGAAAAGUCUGUGCGUCCGAAGAAACCUGGAUAUUCGACCCGAACCAAGUCUCAGUCCACUCCAUUGGUUGCGAAGGUUUUCCGAGAAGAAUUCUCAUCAAGUUUCGUGGGCGGAGCCGCAUCUCUUGUGAACUCCUUUGAUUCAAUGGGAUUAUUAACUGCUCCAGAAAGCGAGGAAACUGAAGGGGAAGCUCGAAUGAAGGUCUUCGAUGUUCUACCAUUGAAGCGGGUAGCUAUGCUGGAUGGCGAACCGAUCAAGUUGGAAAACGGUGUCGUAGCUUUUUCCUCGUGCCAUAUAUCGACUCUAGGAAUGGUCCGUGUUGGAGAUUUCGUUUCGUUCAAAGUUGACGGAAGUAAUCCUAGAUACAUUUUGAAGAUUGUCCGAUUCGAAAAAUGUAAUUCCGAGCCGACGAUUCAUGGGCUGCUUUUUCUGCAACCUCAGCAGACGUUCAUCAGAAACUCGAUCCAUCCGAAGCAGCUGUUCGCGUCAUUGGAAUGCGUUGAAAUGAAAGCAUCAGACGCGUCUGAAGUACUUACUGUGCACUACCGACCGCAUGAUAUUGAUUGGCACGAUGAAGGAGGUGCUGUGAUUCCAGACGUGAAUCGUCUUGGGAACUCAGAUUACUUCUGGAGAUUGACUUUGGAUUUGACUGAUGGCACUUUUUACGUUAAUGAAGAAAUCGGCACGCCAUCUCCCGUCGUGAAGAAUUGUCCUGGUCGUAUUUGCCGUUCUAUAUUUCAAAACCGGAUCAGUUUCGAUGAGGACAGACAAGUUCUUCAUGUUAAUGGAAUUUCUGUGCGCCUUGGAGACGUAAUUUUUGUGAAGGGAACUGCCUAUCCAAUGCAGGAGGCUUCCACGGAAGUUACGCAGUCGCAAAACACGCGAUUUCAGAAAUCCAAAAUGUUUCCUGAAAGUCAUAGAAAAACGAAGCACUACAUGGGGAAGGGACACUAUGGAGCCAUGCCCAGCACUUUCCGGAUCGGUCGUAUCGAGAAGAUGUGGACUUCACUGGACGGUGCUAUUUCUUUGUCUGUGCGGAAACUAUAUCGCGCAGAAAAUGUUUUCGAAAGUUUCAGCCAGUUUCCAGUGCCAAACGCUCUCUUCUGGUCGGAAGAGCAUACGAAUAUCAACGGAAAUGAGGUUGUUUGUGCGUGUGACGUGUUUUGUGCGCCCGAUUUGGAAAAUGCCCCUAAACUUCCCCCUGAGCUGUUCAAUCAUAUGAAGUUCGUACUGGUCGGAAUGGUUGGAACAGAUCACGAAGUCCUCGAUUUACCCCCUGAUGUGUUGAAGCAGUUUCCGAAAGUUCCACAAGGAAUCGUCUCUCCAGCGCCCCUGAAAACUAUGGAUUUGUUCUGUGGAAUCGGGGGAUUAUCUGAAGGCUUGAAAAAAUCCGGUAUAGCAGAUGUGUUGUGGGCAGUCGAGCAAAAUCCCGUUGUUGCCCGAACCUUCCAGAUGAACAACCCUAAUGCUCAAAUGUUUGUUAUGGAUGCGAAUGACUUCGCAGCUGUUGCUCUCAGGCCAGGAACUUGCAGUCAAUCGGAUAUAACUAGCCUGCGAUCAUAUCCGGGUGACAUUUUGCCGCCCAAAAAGGGCACUGUAGAGAUGAUUGUUGGCGGACCACCGUGCCAAGGGUUUUCUGGAUUGAAUCGUCAUCGACAGGGAAGCGCUGCAGUAUUCCAGAAUUCCCUUAUUGCUACUUUUCUUGGCUGUAUUGAUUACUACAGACCCCGCUUCGCCAUCAUGGAGAAUGUGAAGAAUUUGGCUGUUCUGAACAAAGGUAGAAUGUUGCAGCUUAUGCUGAAAGCCUUAGUAGACAUGGGUUACCAGUGUCGCUUCGCUGUUCUCCAAGCUGGUCGCUAUGGUCUCCCGCAGUCAAGGCAACGUUUGUUCGUGAUAGCGGCUGCGCCAGGACAAAGGCUUCCGGAAUGGCCCAAGUCUGUCACACCUUUCAGCACCAAAGCCGGAUCUGGAAACGUGAAAAAAAGUGGACGAGUAUACGCGCCAGACGUAGGUUGGAUUCGUGACAACCCGAAAGAUUUGUCCGCACCAUUCAAACACGUUACGGUGUUUGAAGCCAUCGGUGACCUCCCGGAAAUCGAAAACAGUGGCAGGGAUAAAAUGAUGCGUUACAAAUCCAGCUCUCCGCAAUCAUAUUUCCAAUGGUUAGCUCGCGGGAAAGGGAGACAAUUUGUGAGCGACGUCGUUUGUCGGACUUUGGGUAAUUUGGCUCAAGUGAGAAUAUCGCAUAUUCCGUAUCAUCCUGGUGCAGAUUGGCGAAACUUGCCGAACAUUCGUUACGUCUCCGCAAAUUUGAACUUAGGAAAGUUGCGUUACCCCUAUAAAGAUGACGAUGGGAAAGGUGCGGUUUGUCGUUGUGCUGAAGGACGUGUGUGCAAUCUUGACGAUGUUCAAAAGGAUACAUUGAUUCCAUUCUCUAUGGUGCACACCGCGAGACACAACGGGAAUUGGGCCGGUUGUUUCGGGAGGGUACAGAAAAACGGAUUUUUCCCGACUGUUUUAACGCUGCCGGAUCCGAUGCGGAAGUCAGGAACUGUGUUGCAUUACGAACAGGAUCGCAUUUUGAGCAUACGAGAAUGUGCGAGAGCUCAAGGAUUUUCAGAUGAUUACGGGCUUUAUGGUAGUACUGAUGAUCGUUACCGGCAGAUCGGAAACGCGGUUCCGCCUCCCCUGGCCCUGCACAUCGGAAUUGCUUUGGGUAAGGCUGUGGAGAAAUCGAGAUUUUGGAAACGUGAGAGUGUAGAGGACGAAAUUCCGCUGAUAAUGCUAAGCAGUGAUUCUGAAGGAUGUCCAGACUCAGACAUGGAAGUGAACAUCGAAUUGAUGGCAACUGGGUGGACGUCAUCUGAUGCUUGCACGGUUCUCUUGAUACACACUAUCCCGAAAGGUGCGUAUGUGGAUCCCGACGAGAUCGCUGACUUGCAAGACGCUCCUUUGUCGCGCAACACCUUCUUGAUUAAAGGCGCCGUGGAUGUGGAGAUUCCUGAAAGUGCAGCUGAGCCACACAAAUUGCUCGCAUUUUGCCCCUUGAGCACGUCAGAAAAUCUUCUCAAGGCGCAACUUAGAUUUCCCGUCCAUUUGAGGUAUCAUGCAGCCGUUGAUGGGAGCGUCGAGGCAUUGGAGGCCAAGGUGUCCUUCCCUGCACCAAGAAUGCUGCUCUUGUGUGAUAACAUGGAGCUCGACAGGGCCUGCAUGCGCCUAAGCAUUAAAGCGCCUUGUGAUGCGAGGAACUCUUCUUUUUGCACGUGGCUCGGGUUGAAGUACAAAACGAAUUCGGGUAUUAUAACUGCGAUGGUUCCUGUCGGAGAUGUUUCCUUGUGGCUCAUCGUUGUCCUUGGAACAGUGAUCAUUACGGGAUGCGCGUGCAUUUAUUUGAUAAUAGUGAUCCAUAGGAAAGACAAGGAAUUUCUCGCGGUAGAAACAGAGAAAUUGAAAGCGAUGAUGCGGGAGAAACUCGAGUGAGUCGUGCGGUUCCUUCCGGCGCUGUUCUUGAAAAAUUCUUGUCAGUUUCUGCUUUAGUGAUUCCGCGAUCUCGGUUUUGUGAUGGGAUGGACACUUGCGACUUGGUUGGUGUAACUGUUUCGGUUGCUUUGAUAAAUGUCGGCUCUAAUUUUGUUUGGUA